AUGGCCAGCGACAACGCGCCAAUCCUCCAGCUCCAGGAUGACCGCCCUGCUCCCCCAGUUUGGCGAAGGCGGCGUGUCGCGCUCGGCGUCCUCAUUUUGUGUCUUAUCGAAUCCGUCGUCCAUGUGCGCAGCUUCAGGAUUCAACGGCCGGCGACCAAUCUCGACCCCCCGUUCCACGUCGGCUGUCAGACGCCCAUUCUCAACACCACCGAACGUGCCAAUGCCGCGAUGGUUAUGCUGGCUCGUAACACUGAUGUCGACGGCGCCAUUGAUAGCAUACGGAGUGUGCAGAAUCAGUUCAACCAGCACUUUGGGUACCCUUGGGUAUUUCUCAACGACAAGGAUUGGUCGCCAGAGUUCGUCUCGAGGGUUGGCAAAGUCGUAAAGGAGACUGGCGGCGGCGAAGCAGUUUUCGAGAAGAUCCCUACCUACAUGUGGGGAUAUCCUCCCUGGAUCGAUCAGGACAGAGCACGAAAGGAGAUGGAGAGUAUGCAAAACAGGCGAAUUGCCUAUGCCGGCAAGGAGAGUUACCAUCACAUGUGCCGCUUCAAUUCCGGCUUCUUCUUCGAUCAUCCCGCCCUUCUGAAGUACAAGUGGUACUGGCGAGUUGAGCCAGAUAUCGAGAUUACCUGCGCAUUGACCUACGAUCCCUUCGUCGAGAUGGAGCGAAACGACAAACGGUACGGCUAUACCGUUGCUCUUUGGGAGCUUGGAAAGACUGUGCCGACACUUUUCCACAAGCUAUCCGAUUGGAAAAACAAGAGAAAGAUGCCCUCGACUUCGUUGUGGACCGCCAUGAUGGCCCCCGCAUGGCUUCCGUGGCCGUUUCGCAAGAUCCUGCGUCUCUUGCGUAACCGCGACGGCAAUGGGGACAUGUGGAACAUGUGCCAUUUCUGGUCCAAUUUCGAAAUCGCCGACAUGACGUUCUUCCGUUCGCAAGAGUAUCGCGAGUUUUUCCAAUUCCUCGACGAAGAUGGUGGCUUCUACUACGAGCGCUGGGGAGACGCCCCUGUUCACAGCCUCGCCGCUGGGCUGUUGCUCCGUCCUGAUCAGGUACAUCACUUCUCGGACCUGGGCUACGUGCAUAAGCCAUUCCAAUACUGCACUUUUGCGCCCCAUGAGGACGCAUUCAAGCGAGGCGAGCUGGUCCCCGACUUUGACGCCAACGACGUGAGAGAAGCUACGGAGAAGGAAAUCGGAUGUAACUGCUUCUGUGACCCCAACAUCGACCAGGUCGCCCCCGAGUGCUUCAACAGGAUCAAGAGUACCGUCAUGUGA